AUGAGGAUAUGCUUUGCUGCUUUUGAGGUGUCGGGAGAAGAGCCAUUGACCCGCACCAUUCCAGGGAACCUGCCCCCCCACCCCCCACAUCAGGGUAUUGAGUCCCAGGUCCUCACCAGUGACCCCCCCCACAUCAGGGGUAUUGAGUCCCCGGUCCUCACCAGUGAUCUCCUCCCCCCACCCCAUCAGGGUAUUGAGUCCCAGGUCCUCACCAGUGAUCUCCCCCGCCCACCCCAUCAGGGUAUUGAGUCCCCGGUCCUCACCAGUGAUCUCCCCCCACCCCAUCAGGGUAUUGAGUCUUGGGUCCUCACCAGUGAUCUCCCCCCACCCCAUCAGGGUAUUGAGUCCCGGUCCUCACCAGGUAUUGAGUCCCAGGUCCUCACCAGGAGCUCCCCCCACCAGUGUAUUGAGUCCCAGGUCCUCACCAGUGAUCUCCCACCCCACCAGGGUAUUGAGUCACCGGGUAUUGAGUCCCGGUCCUCACCAGUGAUCUCCCCCACCCCAUCAGGGGUAUUGAGUCCCAGGUCCUCACCAGGAGCUCCCCACCACCAGUGUAUUGAGUCCCCGGUCCUCACCAGUGAUCUCCCCCACCACACCAGGGGUAUUGAGUCCCCGCCCCCCACCCACCAGGGUAUUGAGUCCCAGGUCCUCACCAGUGAUCUCCCCCCACCCCACCAGGGUAUUGAGUCCCAGAUUAUUGAGUCCCAGGUCCUCACCAGUGAUCUCCCCCCACCCACCAGGGUAUUGAGUCCCGGGUCCCCCACCCACCAGGGUAUUGAGUCCCCGGGCCUCACCAGUGAUCUCCCCCAACACCCCCAGGGUAUUGAGUCCCAGGUCCUCACCAGUGAUCUCUCCCCCACCCGGGUAUUGAGUCCCCGGUCCUCACCAGUGAUCCCCCACCAGGGUAUUGAGUCCCCCACCAGGGGUAUUGAGUCCCCGGUCCUCACCAGUGAUCUCCCGCCCCCACACCCCACCAGGGGUAUUGAGUCCCAGGUCCUCACUAGUGAUCUCCCCCACCAGGGUAUUGAGUCCCCGGUCCUCACCAGUGAUCUCCCCCACCCCACCAGGGGUAUUGAGUCCCAGGUCCUCACCAGUGAUCUCCCCCCCCACCAGGGUAUUGAGUCCCCGGCCCCCACCCACCAGGGUAUUGAGUCCCCGGUCCUCACCAGUGAUCUCCCCCACCCACCAGGGGGUAUUGAGUCCCGGGUCCUCACCAGUGAUCUCCCCCCACCCACCAGGGGUAUUGAGUCCCCGGUCCUCACCAGUGAUCUCCCCCACCAGAGUAUUGAGUCCCAGGUCCUCACCAGUGAUCUCCCCCCACCCACCAGGGGUAUUGAGUCCCCGGUCCUCACCAGUGAUCUCCCCCCACCCCACCAGGGUAUUGAGUCCCGGUCCUCACCAGGCAUUGAGUCCCGGGUCCUCACCAGUGAUCUCCCCCCCCACCACCAGGGUAUUGAGUCCCAGGUCCUCACCAGUGAUCUCCCCCACCAGGGUAUUGAGUCCCGGCCCCCCCCACCCACCAGGGGCAUUGAGUCCCGGGUCCUCACCAGUGAUCCCCCCACCCACCAGGGUAUUGAGUCCCCGGUCCUCACCAGUGAUCUCCACCCACCCAGGGCAUUGAGUCCCGGGUCCCCCCCCACCCCACCAGGGUAUUGA